UUCAUUCUUUUGUUUCCUGGGUGUGAUCUCUGCAAAUUUGUUUAUUUGUUCCUUUCCAAAUAUCCAACCUUCAGUUUUGUUUUGAAGUCAUUUUUUAAUUUUUGUUUUUAAAUUGAUUUCAGAGGUUACUGGUUCAAGUGGGUUUUUUCAAAGUGGUUGUUUUGUAUUUUUAGGGAUUUUUUUUUACUGGUUUUGAGUUCGUAGGAAAAGGUAAUGGUGAAUCUUUGUUCUUUAUGUCCCUGUUUGGGGCCCGAGAAAACAGAAUAAUGUUACCUCAACCGGGUGUAACGCAAUUGUUAUAGCUUCUUUGACAUGCGUUUUGUUUUUCUUUGAUUUGGAAGGCUCCGUGAUUCAUUUUCUUUUCAUUUCCUGAUUUUUUUCUUGGCAAACAAAAGGAAGAAACCUAGUUUUUUAGUGGGAAUUUCAAUCCAAGUUCGCAUCGCUUAAUGCCUUUUGUGUGGAUUUUGUGCUUUAAUUAAUUAUUUGAAAGUCUCUCUCCCGCACUUUGAAAUAAACUGUCGUCAAUGUUGUUCUUUCUCUAGAACAUUUGGUACAGUUCUGUAGCUGUUGUUGAAUAGAGUGUAAGGAGAAAAAGGAAGAAUAGGAGGAGGAUAAAUGAUGUAAAAGGUGGUUGGUAUUUGGGAAACCAAGUUUUUGUAACAGUUUGGUUGAUUGCUUGAAAGUGUUUCAAUGGAGCAAAGUUUGGGUUCAGACUCAGGUCCUGCUGAUAAAUCUAGGGUUUUGAAUGUGAAGCCAUUGCGAUGUUUGGUGCCGAUAUUCCCAUCUCCACCAAACUUUUCUCCAUUUUCUCCAGGGCAAUCUGCCCCUUUUGUGUGUGCCAAUCCAUCAGGUCCUUUUCCAUCUGGGUUUGCUCCCUUCUACCCCUUUUUCAGUCCUACAGACUCUGAAAGGCCACCUGAACAAAAUUCACAAACUCCAUUUGGUGUCCACAAUCAACCUGGGCCUUUUGGCUUCAACAACCCAAUUCCAGGAGCAGUCCCAAUAACUUCAUUUAGAACACCCCCUCCACCACCCCCACCAGGAGUGGCAGCAAAUGGAGAUACAGGACCAUCGAGGCGGAAUUAUCAGACUCACACCACUGGUAUUCAAUCACAAUCUCAAAGUGAGGAGGCAGAUGACAAUGAGUACAGUGAGACCCCAAAUCAGAAUGCCCAGUAUCUGAGCAGUUUCAGCAUGCAUGUUACUGAUGCAGAACGUACAAGUAAGGCACAGAGGUCAAAGAGUAAGUCUCAGAAGAGAGGAAGAAAAGGCCAAGAGGUUAAUUUUUCCUCACCUGAAGUUGAUGUGGAGUUAAUCGUUAGUAGUAUUCUUAAUUCAUGUAAUCUUAUGGUAUUUGAUACAUUCCGACGGGCUGAUGGUGACAAGGAAUCAGUUGGAUAUAUACUUAUGGUAUAUGACUUGCUUCGAAGAAGGAUUACACAAAUUGAAGACGGGAAGGAAGCAACACCUGGGGUAACAAGACGACCCGACUUAAGAUCUGGUACAAUCUUGAUGAAUAAAGGGAUCCGGACAAAUAUCAAGAAGAGAAUUGGAGUUGUGCCAGGUGUUGAAGUUGGAGAUAUUUUCUUUUUCAGGAUGGAAAUGUGCUUGGUAGGGUUGCAUGCUCCAUGUAUGGCUGGGAUUGAUUACAUGGGUCUCAAGAUCAGUCAGGAGGAAGAGCCUGUGGCUGUCAGCAUUGUUUCAUCUGGAGGAUAUGAGGACAAUGUGGAGGAUGGGGAUGUGUUGAUUUACAGUGGCCAAGGUGGGAAUAUUUACAGGAAGGAUAAGCAAAUAAUUGAUCAGAAGCUUGAAAGGGGGAAUCUCGCUUUGGAGAAAAGUUUGCAUCGGGGUAAUGAGGUGAGAGUCAUUAGGGGUCUAAGGGAUGUGGUGAAUCCAACAGGGAAAGUAUAUGUGUAUGAUGGUCUCUAUAAGAUUCAGGAGUCGUGGGUGGAGAAAGGGAAAGCAGGUUGCAAUGUUUUUAAGUAUAAAUUGGUUAGAUUGCCUGGUCAGCCAGAGGCAUUCAUUACCUGGAAGUCAAUUCAACAAUGGAAGGAAGGUCUUUCUUCUAGAGCUGGGGUUAUUCUGCCAGACCUUACUUCAGGGGCAGAAAAUUUACCUGUUUCCCUUGUAAAUGAUGUUGAUGAUGAAAAGGGGCCUGCAUACUUCACAUAUUUUCCUAGUCUUAGAUAUUCAAAACCAGUAAAUUUAACAGAACCUUCUUUUAGCUGUAAUUGCCAAGGUGGAUGUCUUCCUGGGAACUCCAACUGCUCCUGCAUUAAAAAAAAUGGAGGCUACAUCCCAUAUAAUGUAGCUGGGGUUCUUGUGAACAACAAAUCCUUGAUAUAUGAGUGUGGUCCUUGUUGCUCAUGCCCUAUUAAUUGCCGAAACCGAAUUUCCCAAGCAGGUUUGAAAGUCCGCUUGGAAGUUUUCAAAACUAAGGAUAAAGGUUGGGGUCUGAGGUCUUGGGAUCCCAUCCGUGCAGGAGCUUUUAUUUGUGAAUAUGCAGGGGAAGUCGUCAAUGACUGUAAAGUGGAAGAACUUGGGAGUGAAAGUGAAGAUGAUUAUAUCUUUGAUGCUACACGCACUUAUCAACCUCUAGGAGUUUUGCCUGGUGAUUCUAAUAAGGCUCACCAGGUCCCAUUUCCCCUAAUAAUAAGUGCAAAAAAUGUUGGGAAUGUAGCUCGCUUUAUGAACCACAGUUGCUCUCCAAAUGUGUUCUGGCAGCCAGCCUUGCGUGAAAGCAACAGUGAAUCUUAUCUUCAUAUAGCGUUUUUUGCAAUCAGACACAUUCCUCCAAUGACAGAGUUGACAUAUGAUUAUGGGAUCAUCCAGUCGGGGAAAGCAGAUGAGAGAAAGAAAAGAUGCCUAUGUGGGUCAUUAAAGUGCAGAGGGCAUUUUUACUAGCAGUCAACUAACAUGCAAACUUGGGUGAUGAUGUUGUUACUAACUUACCUCUGAAAGUUAAUUUGUAGAUGACAGCAAGACAGCUUCAGGGAGAAAAUGCAUGUCUUUUUUGGCUUUACAGGUAUUGAAGAACACCAAAAUUCCCUGUUUAUGACCGUAGUGUAGUGCACAGGCACAUAAAAGGUUUCAUCACAUAACUUGUCAGUGUAGUAAUGUUUUGAAAUUGUAAAACUUUAUGGGCAGAUCUCUUGUUUUACUUGGUUAAUCUUCCUUUUCUUGUCGUGCUUUUUUCCCUGGUAAAAACAGUUGGUCUGCCGUGUACUUAAUAAUUUCCCUUUUAUUUGUUAUUUUACUCUUCUGUUUAUAGGCAAA